UCUUGCAUGGGAAACCAUACAUUGACUGCGUCGCAAAAAAGGUUUUUAUUUUCUUCCUUGUUUGACGUACAAUGUAAAAAGUACAGAGAGACGUGGAUAAAAUGGAGUCCAAUGCGGUGGUUGAGCGUAAGUUAAUUAGAGCUGUAAAGGAAGAAAAUGUUGAAGAACUUGAACAGAUAUGUGUUUCCCUUCCUACGGACUUUAAUAUUAACAACGUUUUUGAGAAAUCAUUUUAUGGAGGCUUUCAGGAGACACCUUUACUUCAUCUUGCUUGUUGUGCUAAAAACGCUGAUAUUUUGAAAAUUUUAGUGAAAUAUGGCGGAGACUUAUACCUCAACAAACUGGACGGGGUAAAUAUAUUUCAAUACGCUUGCCAGUACAAAAAUCUAGAUGUUAUGAAAUUUAUUCUAGAGGGAUGCAAUGAUGUUGAUUUCCUUCAGACCUUUUCGAACAGUGGAAAUGAUACGCUCUCUUUUGUGGCAGAUUCAUUUGAACAAAAUCAAAAGGAGGCGCAAAUUUGUAUGGAAUUUCUCGUAUCGAAAGGAAAAUUCAAUAUCAAUCGAAUUCAAGGGGAUAGGUUAACUGUAUUACAGAAAGCUGUUUCCCAAAAUAGAUGCGAGUUAGCAGAAAUUCUUUGUCAACUUGGAGGAGAUGUGAACUUUGGGUAUCUAAACAAUCUCAAAGCAAUUCAGUGGGUAAGCAUGCAAUGUGGAUAUCAUGAUAUGAUACAAAUACUUAUAAACCACGGAGCAAAUAAAAACGAAAUCUGGCGUGGCCAACGCCCAAUUCACCUAGCUCUUUCACGUGGUUUAACAGAAAAUGCAACUGUUUUGAUGCGUGCAGGUGUGGACAUUUCCGGUUCGAUAAAGCUACAUCAUCCAAAAAAAAUGUGGAUUUCUACCUUUUGUCUUGCUGCUUGGCGAUGUGCUAUGCUAAUUCCCGAGUUUCUAGCUCUGGGAGCUAGCCCAAACGAACAGGAUUGCACCACUGGAUAUUCUGUAAUUGGAUUUGCCUUAGAAGGAAAUGCCAGUCGGGAUGUGAUAAAGUUGCUCAUUCAGGCUGGUGCUGAUAUUAACAAAGCAUGUCCCGGAAAGACAGCAAUUGAAUUUUGUAAAAGCAUAGAUCAAUUACUUGCAUUUAUUGACUGUGGAGUGUCAGUUAAAACAAUCGAAAGUCAGAUAGGAACUUCGCUUCUCAGCAUGGCAAUCUCAAGCUCUUCUGAAGAUACUGCGGAAGAAAAUGUUAAAUAUCUUCUAUCUAAUGGUGCAAGUCUAAAGGAUCCUGCAAAUGGAAAAGAUUCUAUUUUGAUAGCCUCUCUGAAAAGAAGAUUUUACCGCAUUGCGGACUUUCUUAUAGGACAAGGUGUUAAUCUGAACCACAGGGACGGAGAGUGGAGCACAGCACUACAUGUUAUCUGCAAUCAAGUCGAUGGCUGCUCCCAAAGUAGAAUUACUUUUGGCAAGACAGAAUUAUUUUUCUGUCAGAAGUGUGGAUGUAAAAGAACAAUGCCAGCUGCUCAAUUCCAUUCUAUGCAAUCAGCAUGCAAUUCCCUUUGUAACGGUUCAGAAUCUUUUCAACAUGAGAAAAUUGUAAAGUUAGUUUCAAAACUGCUGGCUGCCGGAAGUUCAGUCAAUGCAAAGAACGUUGCAGAAAUAACGCCACUACUAGCAGCAUUAAAUGUGAUGCCAUGCAAAAGUUACCCACACAUAAAAAAUGAUGUAAUAAAAAUCCUUCUUGACAAUGGGGCUGAUAUCAACGUUUGGUUUCAAACGGAAAACAAAUCCACACUGUGUCAUUCCAUCGAAAGUGAAGAGGUUGAAACGACGAAAUUUUUGGUUGAAGCUGGCUACGACGUGAAAACAAAAGAAGCAAAUGGAGAACUACCCAUCUUCCGUUGUUUACCAUUAGAUACGAUUGCUAGGAGAGAAUUGUUUUGUAUUUUGUUGGAGUCUGGAACCAAUCCAAAUGCAGAGGAUAGCAAAGGAAUAUGUCUUUUGGAUCAUGUCUUCUCACUGUUAUUUUCUAUGAGCUCUUAUUACAUUCAGUUCGAUGACUUAAUGCAAGAUCCUAGAGCUGUUGCAUUAAAAGAAAUGUUUUGUUUUUUGCUUAACAAAACCGCCAAUCCUAAUACAGCAAGGGAAGGAGAAAAUUCACUUCUAAUCAGGGCCAUUAGAUGUGGAAGUACAGAUAUAGUUCUCUCUCUGGUCCAAGCCGGUGCUAACAUUGCUCAUCGAGGGGAAAAUAAGAAAACAGCAGUGGAUUGGUGUUGCCGUUUAAGUGAAUAUACGAGGUGGUAUCCGUACACAGGUGUUGAUAUGACUGAAUCAGGAUUGAAGAUAAUGGACAUCUUGAUAGAGAACGAUAUGCCCCUUGAUAUUCCAAAUUUUGAUGGCAAAUAUCCUCUAGAUCUUGUGAUGAGUUUUGAUAAUACAGACGUACAAAUCGAGGAAAUGCUCUCUAGGGGUGCAGAUCCGAAUAAAUUCGACGAAAGAGAGGAAUCGCUUCUAAUUAGAUCAGUAUAUAGAAGUCCUUCAGUAACACUAGCUUUACUGAAAGCCGGUGCGGAAACAAAGAUGAAAGCAAUGGAUGGAAGAAGUGUAUAUGAUUUAUUCAUUGAGAGAGUAUUUUAUGACGAUAGUCUCUCCUGUCUCGAUAAGGAAUGUGCAGUGGAAAUUCAAAUGAGAACUCAAACAAGCCAGGAAGAAGCUUUCAUAGAAAUUAUUGAUUGGGGCUUGAUGCAAGUACAAUCAAUUUUGAACCAGAUACAGUCUGAACCAAUUACAACAGAAACUGAGAGGUCAUUGAUUCUAAGAUUCGAAGACAGUUAUUCUUGCUGGAGAGUAGUGCGUCGAAUUGAAAAUUCUCUAAUCAUUUACGAAAAAGGCAGACUGGAGAUCAAUGGAAACCACAGUCAGAAUGUUUGGUUCACCAUACAAAAAAAGUUAAACAGUCGAAGAGCAGGCAGUGAAGAGAAAGACAUCUCUAUGAUACAACAGGCACUAGAUGCAUGUGAGGUUAUUAAGGCCUUGAUAGACGCUGAUGCAAUUGACGUCAACAGCCAAACAUCAUGUGGACUAUUUCCACUUUGUGUGGCGGUAAAACUUGGUAGUUUAUCAUUGCUUAAAUUUCUUUUGGAAAAAAAUGCAAACCCAAACAUAAUGGAUAGUAUGGAUGAAACUCCCUUAUCUCUUGCUCUCAUUCAUGGUGACGUCAAUAUGGUGAGAGCUUUGCUGGAAGCCGACGCAAAUGUGAACCAUGUGGGCGCUCUUCCAGGAAAUAGAAAGAAGCAUAAGGAGUCAAUCCUUAGCAGACUUUUGGAUGAAAAAGGAUCCCUUGCACCAUGCGACAAAAGAUUUUUACUUUUAAGAGUCCUUAUUGAAAAUGGUGCCAAUGUAAAUAUGGACAAAAACGGUGUAGAUUCCCUUCUUAUCAAAGGUGUGAAAAUGUCUUCCCUUAAAUUAGUAGCAGAACUUUUGAAAGUCACAUCGCAAAUAAACCACCAGGGCGAAGAUCUAUCAACGGCACUGCAUGUCUGCUGCGAGCAAGGGAUAGAUCAAGAUGAACUGAACAACAUUAAUGUUGACGAUUCGAAGUCAAGUAUUUUUAAUCUACUUUUGAUUUCGGGGGCUUCUGUAAAUAUUCAAGCAAUAAAUGGGGAGACGCCUGUGCACGUUGCAGUUAGACAAAGAUGUGGACACUAUGUGACAGAAAUGUUAAAACGAGACUUUGAAAUUAACACGAAGGAUACUGAGGGCCUUACAUGCCUUAUGGUUUGCAUGAAAUGGGCUGAAGAUACAGUUGUUAAAGAGUUGUUGAAAUUUGGUGCAGAUGUAGCGUUAGAAGACAAGAAUGGGAAUACUGCAUUACAUUACUUAUGUUCUGAGGGACCAAAUUUGAACCUUCUCAAUAUUUUAAUCGAAUGUGGAGCCAAUGUUAACGCUUGCAACAAGGAGGGGUACAGUCCAUUGAAUGCACUUAUUAAAAAGCGUGAUAUAUUCCACCCAGAAGAUGUUUCCAUUUUGAUAUCAAAAGGCGCAGAUCCAAGCUGUUGUUCAGAGGGAUGCGAGUCUCCUUCGACUAAUGCACUGACCAGAUUGAAGUUUGAUACUGCAAAACUCCUUGUGAAGAAUGGAGCAGACGUGAAUUAUGUCAGUAAAUCAGGGAAAACCGCACUAUAUGCUGUUUUGGCAACUUAUGGUGAUGAAGAAUGCAUUUCAGGGCGAGGAGAAAUAGUGGAAUGUCUAUUAGAGGCUGGAUGUGAUGCCAAUAUCUUACUAGAGGGCAUUUCACCACUUUCUUUUCUUUUAUCUCUUCCGGUAGAAGAAGAUACUCUAACUAUUCUUUCGAAUCUUUUGCAAUAUCAAGCUGAUCCAAAUAUUGGUUUGAAAAACCCAAUCUCUUUGGCUGCAAAACAUUCAGUUGAUGCUGUAAAAUUACUCUUGAAAGCACGCGGUGAUGUAAACAAAAAAGACACAGACGAAGAAACACCAUUAGUUAAUUGCUUAUUGUCCUCUGUGUGUGACAAGAUUGAAAUUUUGAGGGUUUUGAUAGAAGCUGGUGCAGACACAAAUGUUGCAAGUAAUUCCGGAAAAUAUCCGAUAGAAAUUGCUCUUGAGUCUGCUAUUUUGCACAAAGAUACGAGUUCCGUUGUGUUUAUAAAUUCUGUCGACUCAAACAACGAGUGUGAAGAAAUUGUAACUUUAUUACUAGAGAAUGAAGCUAGAUGCAAUGUCAGUGAGGCAGGUAAAGAAUCACCUCUACAUCUUGCAGUAUCAGCAAAUAUUACAAAAGUUAUAAAGCUGCUUCUUGCAAACGGUGCUGACGUGAAUCAUAAAGGAAAAUGCCAACAGACACCUAUACAUCGAUAUUUUACAAGUGGGAAUUCAACGAAAAUGCAUUUCACGUACAGGAAUUACUCAUAUGCAAUUGUCAAGGAACCUACACUGGAUCUUUUACUGUCUAGUGAUGCUACGGUGAACAUUGAAGAUGAAAAUGGGUUAACGCCAUUACAUUAUGCUCUAGAACAAAAUGCAGAAGAAUUUCGAAAGUUACUAGAAGUAGGAGCGGAUCCCUUUUUUGAUAGAGCAAAUGUUUUUGAAAAAUGUUUUGCCCUUGAUGAUUUAUCAUUUCUUCAUACUAUCCUGGAAUAUAAAGGAUCGUCCCGUGUAAGUGAUUCACUGUUUUUCACAUUUUGGUCGCGUCAAAACGAUGAAAUAGGCCAUGGAAACAGACAAUGGAUUGCAAAAGUAACAAUGCAAAUUUUAGCUUCUCCCCACAAAAUCAACGUGAACAUUAAGAAUCGCUACGGAAAUACUCCACUUUCCUUCUUUUGUGAACAAACUGAACCAGUUAUUGUAGAAAAAUUGUUGGAGAGGGGGGCAGAUGUCAACAUGAUCUGCAGAAGAGGGUGGACGGCGUUGCAUGCCUUCUAUAACUCUUCAGACUCGGAUAUAAGUCGGAAAAAGCGGAUCCUUUCAUCAUUAAUGAAAAUGAAUCCUGAUGUUGACAUAAAAGAUGACUCCUGCAUGACUGUUAUUGAAAAAGCUCAAGUGGAGUAUAUUCAGCAAAUUUAUUCUGACAGUCGGAAGUCUUUUUUGUCUGUAUUGAUAAAAGAGAUAUUACUUGCAGGAGGAAAGUACGAAAAACGUGGACUCCCUUUACUAUUGCAAGUAGCAUCAAAGCGACAGCACUUUAGUUUGAUGACUACAUUAAUACAAAGUGGUGUAGAUUUGAGAAUUGAAAAAAACGUUCUACAUUCUUGCUUUCAGCGUGACAAUUGCUUCUUUAGAGAAAGUGAAAAAGGGUCACAAAGGGAAUGUUUGGAUUUUUUAUUGGCGUAUAUAAAACAUGGAGGACAAUUAAAUGAAGUGGACGCCCAAGAAAACACGCCUCUCAUGCUGUAUUUGAUGUUUGAAGUUUACGACAAACUAAACCAAGAAGAAUUAACAGAUUUGACAGAUGAAAUUGUUUCAGUUCUUGCUAAGGACAAGUCUAUUGUAACAAGGCGAAAUAAAUCUGGGUCAUUACCAAUACAUCUCGCAUCACAGAAAGGACGAUUGAGCACAAUGAAGCUUUUAGAGUGCAAAGGGGCGAAUCUCUGUGACAAAGAUGAAAAAGGAAAUACAUGUCUUCACCUUUUGUUAUCGAAAGGGAAAACUGCAGAAUCCUUCCAAUAUUUUGUAUCUUCAACGUUUUUCCAAUAUCAAGGUUUUACAGAGAAUUUGAAGGAAAUGAUCGAAUAUCUAGUUGUAAAGGGUGUUUCUGUCAAUGAGAUCAACAAAAUUGGAGAGACGCCUCUUUUUCUUCUGAUUAGGAAUGCGUACACCUUUGAUGAAUUUGACACUACUGUAAGAUUCCUGCUGGAAAGUGGUGCCGAUCCAAAUAUACAGCUAAAACACAACAACCCGCUUGUAGCGGCAUUGCAAAUUAACUCUGUAAAUGUUGCUGCUUUACUUCUAGAGUAUGGCGCGGAAGUAAAUGAUAUUGAAGACGGUCCAACAGCAUUGCAUGUUUUAUUAAAAAAUUACCAUGAGGGUAUUAUACGUAUUAAAGGUUACUUAAAAAAUAUUUUACACUUUUCGACUGAAACUGGAAAUGUAAAUACUCAAGAUUCUGAUGGGGAAACUGCACUUGCUCCAGUACCUGUUGGUCCCCACUCGGUUAAUCAAUCAAUCAAGAUGGAAGAUAUUAUUCAGAAGAUUCUUGACUGCGGAGCUGACGUUAAUGCAUUAGAUGAUUUUGGUCAUUCCCCUUUAUCCAUUGUUUGUGAAGGAAAAAGUGGUGACUCUGCCGAAAGAGCGCGUAUUGGAAUCUAUUUAAUGUCGAAGGGAGCAGAUCCGGACAAAGGUUGUGCGUUGCAUCAGGCCAUAGUGAACAUGAAUUAUUAUGACAAUAACAAAAAAGCUGAAUGGAGCAAAUUUAUACUAGAAAUGAUGGAUUUGGGAGCUAAUCCAAUUACUUACAAGGACGAAAAACCGAUCUUGUUAUCAGCAAUAGAGUCAGGAUGUACAGAAGUAGUGAAAGGGUUAUUAGGUAAAGGAGUUGAUAUUCACGCAACUGAUAGUAAUAACAACACGUGUUUGCAUCUGGCCUGUGGUUUAAAAAAACACACUGAGAGAAAUAUGAUAGCUACACUUUUGCUGAAACAUGGAUGCAGUAUUAACAAAUCAAAUGCAUAUGGGACAUUUCCUCUUUCAAAUCUCAUAAAAAGGAUGACAAAAGAUAAAAAUUCGAAGACAAUUGUUGAGAUGGAGACAAGGGCAUAUGCAGAAGUUGACCUCUCGUUGUUUAAUUUGUUGAUUUGUGGGGGGUCGUAUUUGGAUACAAAAAUGAAGAUGCCAUUCUGCAAUAAGGAAGAAUCAAUAUUGUCCUACUUAACAAAACAUGGCUACUUAAAAGCAGCUGGAGCAUUAAUAAAAUGUGGAUAUGACUUCCAAAAUGAUGAGGAUUUCAAGAAAUGUAACCUAGAACAGCCUGCGAAUUCAUUUCUCUUGAUUAAGAAAAGAUGGCAUAAAAGAGUUUGCUGCGAAAAUGAAAAGAAGGAGUUUUUAAAACUUUUGGAGAUAUUUCAAGAAGUCGAUUUUUCUUUGUCAUCUUUAUGUAAAGAUGUCAUACGAAAUCAUUUGAUCAAUGUUGGGCAAGGAGCUGAAAUUGAAUCAAAGAUAAUGCGACUUCCUCUUCCAAACCGAAUUAAGACGUUUCUGUCAUUGAGAGAACACAUGGAAGAAGUGGAAAAAAUACAAAUAGAGAAAGAAGAAAGUAUGUCUGCGUAUUUAAGCACGUCUGAAGAUUCUGAAGACGACGAUGAUUAUGAUGAAUAUUAUAAUUCGGAUUACCCACCAAUGUAUGACGACGAUUCAUAUUCAUAUGGUGACGAUUAUGGCUAUGACCACUAUCCUGGUUAUAUUUAUGACUCUGAUGAUGACCUUUAUUCCUUUUAAGAUCUACAGGAAGGACAAAAGAAAACAAAUAGUAGUGAACGCUUCUCUUUAUCAUUGAAAUUGUUUGUUUAUGAUAAUGAAGUCCAUCAUGUCUUUCAGGUGCAAAGAGGAAAAACAAUCUAUCAUUGUUUUGAACUUUAGUAUGUAUGUUAAGUAUCACGUUUCAUUUAUAUCUUUUUCCUGUUUUGUCAUGUAUGCAGUUGAAAAAUAUAUAUAUAAAAAAUCAAUAGAACAAAAUAGCGCACUUUGAAAAAUAUUUUAAGUGCGUUAAAUUUGGCCAAAAAUAUUCAACGCACUUUGAAAAAAAUAUCAGUAUUCUUUUAGAGUAUACAUUGACAUUUUUUACUUCGGAGAUAAAUAAUCUACUUUGAAAAAAAUAUGAAUAAAACAAGAAUUUUACAGAGGAUCUUUAUUGUACAAAGGGAUGACCUGACCUUGUACAUGUAAAAGUCUAUCGGGAAAAGUAUCAUUUUGUAUUGAUUGAUCAAUAAGAAUAGAAAUAUGAUUACUAAGAACAGGUGCUCAAAAUUUUAUUUUUAACAGAUAUUAUAUCUACACCAGUAGAUUUCUUAAUAUUUAUUUUAUUCAUUUUAGCAUAGAAAUUCAUGAAGUUUUACAUGUUUCUUUUGAUAAUGCAAAGAACAAGGUUCACUUUUGCCUAAUUUGGCCCUGUGAAUUUCUGAAAAACUGAAACUGCAUAGUUUUAGUUUACAAUGCAUUGAAUAUCACUUAGAUCUUUGAUGACUUCGUAUCGAUAAAAAAUGACGUAAUUUUUUGGCUAGUCAAUACAUUAUGACGUCACGAAAUGCGUCAACUUCCUCAUAUUCUGAAAAAGUCGACAAAACGGCCAAUUUUAAAAGCUAUUUUUCGAUAUUUAAUAUAGAGCGCAACUUCUGAUCAAAAAUAUGCAUCUAGUAAAUGAUAGAACUAUUUCUGAGGAUUAAAAGACACGUUUUAUUUUUUUAGAUCAGAGAGUGCGCUCGUAUUAUUUUUCUUCACUGAAAGUACUCAGUUGAGCUGUUUACCUUAUUUUUAAAUACGAUGUGAAAGCACUAAGUCUUUAUUUUAUUUUAAUGCUUCAAAUGGAAAAUCAAGACAAUCAAUUGGUAUAUCUACAGGGUCAUUUUAUGCAUAAAGUGAACCGACCUCUUUAUGUCAUUUUCACAUGAAAGGAUUAUAUUUCAUGCAGACUUUGAUUUUUCGGACAAGAAUGGUUUUAUUGUUUUCGAAAAAUCUUAUUCAUAUAUUGUACACUAUUUUAUGUUUACAGUUUUUUCCCACGGUGUAUGUUUGUAUGCAAUGUUUAUACAUGAUUUUUGUUUUAAUUUCGGUGAGCUAUAUUUACAUCUUAGGCAUCUUUUGCAACUGGAGGAUCUUAUUUUUUUUCUACGUCUAAAAGAUGAGAGUGUACCUCAAAAUGCUUAAAACUUCGAGUAAAAUGACAAACUUUUUAGAUUUUGUAAUUCUUGCAUCGAUAAAGGUUCCAAUAAAGUUGUGGCAAUCACUUACUCAAGCUGUAAUAUUCAGAGUGGUAACGUUCUUGCAAACUGAUGUGACAAAUAUUUUAAAAUAUACUGACACGCAAAAGAAACGCAACACUAUACUUUAGGGAGAAAUAAUUAUAUAUACUAAAGGAUUUCUUAUCUAAAAAGUAUAGAUAUCUUCAAUUUUGUAAAUAUCGGAAAUCUAACGGUUGAACGACUUUCAUACUAUUACCGAAAGUCAAGUUUAAGUCUGCUUAACAGAAAUAAAAAAUUGCAUGAUUAACAAAACAAUUGGCAAUAUUUUGGAGUUUUAAGGGUUUGUGACUGUUCAUCAUUAGUAAUGAAGCAAUAUUUCAAUACUUAGGAGUGUUGAUGAUGCAAAG